CCUGCCGACAAUAGCAGCCUAAUUAUCUCAUGCUGCUGCUCUUUUCGAUGCUCCUCGCGUGGAGCGACGUCCCGCUUGCCGCCUUCGAUGGCACUGCGGGCACUGCACGGCAGUGGAUAACGGUAAACGACCCCGUGAUGGGCGGCGGUUCCGACUCGUCCUUCUCCGUGGUGAGAGAGGAGCGAAUUGGGCGGUGGGCGGGCGAGGUGAAGAUUGUCCGCUCGCUCGGCGCCCCCGGGUUCUGCACCGCUCGGACGGCCGGCGACGCGCUCUUCCGAAACGUCACUGGCUCCACACACCUCGGACUCUCCCUCAAGGGCGGUUCCGGGCUGCCGGCCGCGGACUUCAGCCUGCAGGUGGGGGUCAAGGGCGUGACGACGAUGCAGACGCUGUACCAAGCCCAGCUCGGUGGCGAGUACUGCUGCGCCGACGACUGCCGCGUCCCGUGGUCUGCGUUCCGGCCGUCGUUUCGCGGGCGGCCAAUCAAGGGCCCUCCCCUCGCCGACCACCUCGGCGCCCUCUCGCAGCUCGGGCUCGGCACGGCGGGCACGGCGGGCAGGUUCUCGCUCGACAUCUCGUCCCUCUACGCCACGCGCGACGCCUCCCGGCCCCGCGGCUGUGCACGCGACGAGCCUGUCCGCGCCCCGCCCGGGGCAGAGGCCGCGGAGGAGGCGUCGCCGCACAUGAACGCUGGCCUCGCGUACCACGUCGCCAACGCGCUGCCGGGCCACGAGCUCUCCCCGCGCGGCUUCGCCCGCACCUCGGAGCACUUCACUCUCUACUCGCCGCCCAUCCGCUCGCGGUACGCUGGCGUGGUCUGGCGCGUGCUGCCGCCGGUGCCGCUGCCCGUGGAGGUCGUGCAGCGGUACAACGGAUCUGCGAUGGCCGUGACGGGCUUCGAGGUGGACGUGGUUCGCCGGCCGGCCGGCGGCGACGUGUCUGUUCCUAACUACCAGUCGUACAACCACCACUACACCGCCCACUUGCUCGGCGCCGGCAUGCGGCUGCCGGCCAGCGCCGCGCGGCAGAGCUUUCACGGCCUGCCGGCAGGCUACGUCCAGCCGGUCCUCUCCCCGGCGCCCGCCGGCACGCCGGCCGACAAGGCGACGCACACUGUCACCUCUCACUUCCAGCUCCGGGACAUGCUCGCCGAGGACUGCGACUCGCUUGGGGACGAGUAUUGCGCCAGCGCGCGCGUGGCGGAGGCGCGCGGAGGCAAGGUGCGACUCAUCAUGGCGGGUGGCCACUGCCACUCGCCUGCGUGCCUCUCGCUGCAGCUGCGGGACCGCGACACGGGCGAGCUGCUCUGCGAGGUGACGCCGCGCCGCGGAAAGUCGGACGCGGCUUGGGACGAGGCGGGAUACCUGUGGCUGCCGCCCUGCCAGUGGGGCAGUGCGGAGGAGGGUCUCCGCCCGCCGCCCGUCCUCGGCCUCGACGCGAAUCUGACCGCCAUCAAGGUGGCCAACGCGACGGAAUACCACUUCGGCGUGAUGGGAAUCUGGCAGAUGCGCGGCGCGUACGGAGAUGGAGACGGGGAUGUGGGGCCUCGGGCCGCGUGAGCGUAUACGUUUGGCUUAGUACGUGGUCAAAGAAAA